UCCAAGAAUGGUCUAAACAGUCUUUUAUUCUCCGGUUCUUCUCUUCAAGUCUCUUUUACCAAUGAAUUCAAUUUAUCUAUAGAUGCUCAAAAUCAACUUCAAAUUGACCUGUUAGCAUCUGGGUCGACAGAUUGAACAGGAACUGAACUGUACAAAACAAGAAUGCGCCAGUUUUUAUUUCAAAUGUUUUUAUGAAUUUCUAUAUUUUGGGUUCUGUUAUAAACUAUAGUCGGCUUUUGGUUGUUGGAAUGGUGGUUUUAGAGUGUAGGUAGUGUUGAUUAACGAGUUUGGACUGGGUUUUUGAUUAUGGCAAGACGCCAUGGAUGGCAACUCCCUGUCCAUACUUUUCAGAUUGUGGCUAUAACAGUCUUCUUCUUGCUAUCUGUUGCAUAUUAUGCCUUCUUUGCACCCUUUCUUGGGAAGGAUAUAUAUGAAUAUGUGGCUGUUGGUGUUUAUUCUGUCUUGGCACUUGCUGUGUUCAUCCUUUAUGUACGAUGCACUGCUAUUGAUCCUGCUGAUCCAGGCAUUCUACUUGAAGCUGAUGAUGCAGCAGCAAACAAGUCACAAAAUGACACAGAUCUGCCUGGACAUGCAUCUUCUAUUGAAGAACCUGGCAAGAUAAGGUUAAAGGAUGGAGGAAAAUCAAGUAAACGUGGUUCAAGUUGGUGUUCAAAACUUGGAUGUUUAUUUUGUGGUUUUCUUGUGAAACAAGAUUGCCGCAGAGAUGAAGAUAUUCAUCAGCAACAAUCUCUAGAGGAGGCUUUAUUCUGCACAUUGUGCAAUGCUGAGGUACGCAAGUUCAGCAAACAUUGUAGAAGCUGUGACAAAUGUGUUGAUGGAUUUGAUCACCAUUGCCGGUGGUUGAACAAUUGCGUAGGGAGGAAAAAUUACAUCACUUUUGUGUCCCUGAUGGCAACUAGUCUUGUUUGGCUUGUUGUUGAAUUUGGUGUUGGUGUUGCUGUUCUUGUUCGAUGCUUUGUAGAUAGAAGGGGUAUGGAACAUCAAAUAGCAGAUAAGCUUGGCAUAGGAUUCUCCCGGCCCCCAUUUGCUACUGUGGUGGCUGUGUGCACAGCUGUGUCUUUCCUUGCCACUGUGCCAUUGGGAGAACUGUUCUUUUUUCACAUGAUUCUCAUUCGGAAGGGUAUCACAACAUACGAGUAUGUUGUUGCCAUGAGAACUCAAAGUGAACCACCGGGACCAUCUGUAGAUGGAGGAGAUCAGCAAAGUCUACCAUCUUCACCAACAAGUUCAGCUGUGACUGCAGUGAGUGGAAGAAGCUCUAUUGGAAUGAGCUUGCAAUAUAAAGGGGCAUGGUGUACUCCUCCGAGAAUCUUCAUGGACCACCAGGAUGAAAUUAUUCCACAUUUGGAGCCAGGACGCUUACCAUCUACAGUUGACCCAGAUGCAAUACAGGAAGCUGACAAAGGGAAAAAACUACCACAGCGCCCAGUUCGAAUCAGUGCCUGGAAACUUGCAAAAUUGGACUCCAAUGAGGCAAUUAAAGCAGGUGCGAAGGCUCGAGCAUCAUCAUCAGUGCUACGACCCGUAAGUUCUCAACAUCAUCCGUAUGAUGUUGAUCAUUUGUCUAGCAGCAAUGUUAGUGGAAGGAGCAGUCCAGUCAGUACCGAUCAAGGGUUUCAUAGUAGAAAUGCUAGAACAGGGACAUCAAGAUUAUCUCCUUCUAGGAGCAAUUCAUAUGCACCCAGCAACAUUAGUCAUGCUAGCAGGGAUGAUAUUGAAACAUGCAAUCAUAGUCUUAGUAAUUACAGUAGUAUUAAUGUCUCCAACCUUGCCACUUCUCCACCGCAGCAGCAAAAUUCUAACAGGGACCACUUCAACCCAAUUUAUCAAUCAUCAGCAGAUCAAUCCCCCUUGUCAGCAAGACGAAGUGAAACAAAUGGGAAUGCCCCCCAAGGAAAUGUGGCUCAAAUUCCGAUGAGAAGAAACCUGGGUGCAAUGGAAAAUUUGAGAACUUCAGUUUAUUGGGAUCCCCAAGCUGGACGUUUUGUCUCCUCUUCUUCCAGAGUUGCUGGUUCUUCUCAGGUUCCUGGAGCAGAACUUUUGUAUACAGAUCAAUCAAUAUUCUUUGGCGGCCCUCUUGUGAAUGAGCCGCUAAGCAGAGGGACAAGAAGUGGUAGUUCAGUGGCUCCUGGCGUGGACAGAGGAUCGAUGUCAAGUCAUUAUCAGCAAAGCAGAUCACAGAGGGGUGGCCAACUUCCGGUUUUUGUUCCAAGUGAUUCUCAGCAAAACCAAUUUUCAUCUAGAUUGCCUUAAAACACAGCAAAAAUAGAGACUCAUAAUUUGUAUUGCAAGUGGAUAGUGGCAGAUUUCUCUUUUUUUUUU